AUGGAAGAGUUUAUAGUGCACAAAAUCAUCGAUCGGUGUCUUUUUGAUGAGUUGGUGACUAAAGUAAUCGACGGGGAGGCCAAAUUCACGCCGGAGUCGAUCGAAAAUGGAGACGACCAGCACUCUAAAUGGGCAUAUUUGGUAGGCGCUUCUUUUGAGUUGCUCCGAAAACAGAAAAAAACGGUUUAUUCAGGUGAUAUGGGAGGGCUACGGUUUCGAAGAUCGAACAUGGGAACCCGAGGAGAACCUCAAAGACAAUAUCGAGCUCACAAAAUUUAAAGAGAGGAAGAACCUGGAGAAUAAGUACGAGACACUGGAGAAAACUUACAGUGCUCUUGUAGCGAGACAACUCAAUCUCACAAAUGAAAUGGAUAUCGAUCCGGAAAUAUAUCUUCGGUCAAGAUAUGAAAUAGAAAAGAGGAAGAUGGCGGAGAAAGAUGAGAAAAGGACGGAAAAGGAGAAGAAAGAGAAGCGGAACGAUCGGCUCGCGCAGAUAAACGAGCAGGCGAAGCGGAAGAAGGAGCGUCAAGGAGAGAGACAACGGCUUCUGACGCCGGAAGAUCCGGAAGACAUCCUACGGAAGAAGCGGAAGAAAGAGGAGAAGCGGAAGAAAAGGAAGAUGGAGGACAGCGGAUCGGACGAGAACGAGGAAACGGAGCGGAGACAGCAGAAGGAGGGCGCGAAGGCGUCGAUGAGCGACUGCUCUUUCAGAAUUCCGAAGAAGGUUCGAGUAAGCUCAGACGAGGGCCCGUCCUGCAGAGUUUCGAAAGUAAGUUUGAGUUUGAGUUUGAUAAGAAUGAAGCCGACAUGUUGGCGCUUUUUGGUCGUCAACCGUAACCGUCAUAUUAUGCUUUCGUCAGAGUGUGCGACUACGGAGCGAUACUUUUCAAGCCAGCGCCGCGAGCUGUAGUUCUGCGCCUUUAAGUUUGAAGAGGAUACUGUAGAUCGGAAUUUUCCGGCAAAAAAUAUAUUUCAGACGGUUUAUCUUCAAAAAUCCGCCCGAAAUAUGUAUAUAUGUUGUGUACGUAGGGACGACUCUUUGAGGAAGCUCGGACUUCUAUUUAGAGAGUUUAUUAAGAACUGACGAGUAUCACAAAGUGAACUCUCGAUUAUGAGAACACUCAGUAACCACGUCAAAAGGUCACGUAAAUACACAACAAUAUAUAUUCAGAGCGUGGACGAUAUGAGUUCGAAAGUGUCUUCCGAUCACGCACCUCUUCGGUUAAAUACACACGGUCAGCCGGUAAGUAGAGGUCAGUCGUUUCCGAAUGGAAAUGAAACCGCAAAAUGUUCCAAUUUGGUGUAGGCCCGCGGCUCACACGGACCAUUUGCAUUUUUGCGCGCGCGCGCUCAAAAUUGACCGCACAACACAGAACGGACGGCACAUGUUAUCUGUUUUGUGCGCAGACAGACCGUCAUCCAUAUUAUCGUUUAAUAGCCAACAGGCAGUCGUCGAAUAAUGCUGACGAAGAAGCCUCAAAAAUGGGUAAGUGAGCAACAUGCGGCGGGCUCGAGAUGAGCGAAACUUGUUCGACCGUAACCCACGGACAGCGACUGUACACACUGCUGUCGGCGACCGCAUCGCCCACACAUAACAUAAAUUCCAAUUGCCGCCGCUAAAUUUUACAGUGACAAGAUUGUUUUUGCUUCUUUCGCUUCCAGCCGCGAGAUUUUCAAUCAAAAAUUCAUAUAGUCUCACUUUUUCCUUCAGAAUUUCCUCGUUUCAGCUCAUAAUGCCCGUGCUGGCUCUUCCCGGAAUCAAUCCGCUCAACAUGAACACUCCGAGAAUCCAGAAGAAGUCCGUCGACGUCUCCAGCACGAAUCCGCCCGACAAGAUCACUCCGCCGUGCAGCUCGGUCACCGACAGUCUCAUGCCACAGCCGUCCGGCAAAAGGUCACACUUUCCGACUCGUCUCAAAGAUUACACGGAGCCGAUGAGACCGCAAGACCUCAGAAGGACGAUUGCGCAACGGCCGACGUCGAGGGAUUCGGAGGAUUCGACGACGGAGCGGCUGAUGGCCAGCCACGAACGGCCCGACUUGGCUGCGGAAAUCAAGUGGCAGAGUGACACCAGCUCGUGUUUCGACGAUGCAGAAGUACAAGAGAAGGAGAAAACGGAGAAGUGGGAGCAGGAGGAGAGGGCGAGACAGGAGAGAGUGAAGGUACGUUGAUACGAAUGAAUGAAUGAAAGAAAGAAGAACUCAUGCUUCAGAAGGCCGAAGAGGAGUACGCGCAGGUGACGGCGCAACUGGAGCAGAUUGAUCGGAAGAGCCGCGAACCUUGCCGCCGACGCCGCUCUUUCAGCACGUCCCUCAACCUUGUCAAAGAGAGAAGAUGUCAGUCGGCCGAGAUGCUCAACGAAUUCUGGUACGACAACGCUGAAUUUGAGAUCUUCUCGAAGAACUUUGAUUGCGCGGCGGUACUUUACAAGGACGAGAAGAGGAGUCCGAAAAGGAUUGAGAAGGAAGAAAAGAAGCCAAUGACUCAGAUGGAAAUUGCGGAAAUUCAGGCGAAGAUUCUGUUCGAGGAUAACUGGAACCGAGUGAAAACUGCGAUGGAGCCGAAGUGGGGCCGGGACAAGGUGUUCAUGAACGUGAUGGAGAUGCUAACGAAGGCAUACACUCGAGACGAUAUCCCCACAUUCAAAACCAUUUUCGAGACAUCCUUUUCCGCCGAGUACGAUCUCAACAAGUACGCAGCCAUCGUCAGCAUGAUAGCCUUUUGCCGGCACCGUUUCUGGUCGCAGGAUCCGUCCGGAAGAACGCUUGUUGUUUCGGAAUUCUCCAAAAAGAUGGGACCCAUACGUUUUCAGCAAGUGCUCUGCAGCCCAGGCCAUCGGAAGUGUCAUUGGAUGGAAGUCUUCAUUCAGUUUCUUCCCGAUAAAUUCCGAUUCAUUGAGGACUCGGGACAGAAUCAGCACGGCGUCGAAGGAAACGACGGCCCCUUCCGCGACGACGUCUUCUUCGAUUGUAUGAAGGAGGGCGCCGAGUGUCAGAAGGCCAUCUUCUUCAAGUACAGCAAGCCGAUCGGAAUUCAAGAGGACACGGUCGGAGAGUACAGUGUCGACGUGAUGCACCUGCUCGCGGUCCAGUGCGGAAAUCCGCUACGCAUCGGAUGGUACCUGUCGACCGGAGGACUCGAUAUUAACGCGUUGGCGACGCAUGUGCCGACGAACAAGGUGUUCAGACUGCAAGAUUAUCUGACCGAUUGGAUUGCAAAAAUACCGCCGAACGAGAGAGAUGAGGAGACGUCCGACUACUACCAAGAUAUCGUCAAAAUGAUCAAGAAGACGGCGUACUUGCUGGAAUUUUCGGUCGCAAAUCGUACGAACGCGAUUCUGUUUGAAAGAUUCGGCGGAAACGUCGAGAUUCAUAGUAGGCUAGACCACCGUAAAUACUGUAAUAGGAAGGCACCCCAAUGCGGUUCAUUCAAGACGAUGUAUAUCAACUGUUUGUAAAGGUAUCAUUCGGAAAGACAUUGCGCAGAUUUUGCCAGUUGACUACUUUUCGAUCUCUUCAGGUAGUUAAGAUACAUCGUCUUGAAUGAACGAUAUUGGGGUUCCCUUCUAUUACAGUAUUCACGGUAUUCAAAUCAGUUUCACCGUUUUUUGUUUUCAGCCGCCAUAACCUAUCCGCACAUGAUACGCGCCUCUCCGUGCAACAACGUCUCCAAUCUCGGCGAGGGCACUCAACAGGUGCUCACGUGUCUCUUCCAUCCGCAGUCCGGUGGAUUCCGCGACGGUGUCAGCGAAGAGAUGAAGCUGUAUGCUGACGAGGAGAGUAAAGCGCAGAUCGAGCAAGUAUUGGAUGCUCACAAGAGCUAUCAGACCAUGGUGUCCGAGCGAAAGGGCCGUCUGAUAAUAGUACUCUUCCGCGUCGAAGUCACCUAUUGCUCGAGAACCGAAACGCCUGCAUCGUGCUCGCUGCCCAAAUUCAAUUUUGUCGAAAGUGACGCAGACUUUUUAAUUAACAAAUUAACGUAAGAAUGGAAUAAAAAUCGAGUUCACUUCUACAUUUAACCUUUCAGACUGCUCCGACAGAAGGCGGGAUUGACGGCGAACGAGGCGGAGGUGGAAGCGACCGAAAUGCACCAACUCCGAGAGCCCGGACGUCGUUUCUACAUCCUCGACAAUCGAGAGUACGAACGCGAGCUGAUUGUGCCCGGAAACGCGCACAUCGAGCUGAACGGACAAUUCGACAAGCCGAUGAGCUUUGUGACGCAAGUGUUCUUUACGCACAAAAAAAUACAUUAGUCGGGAUAGCUGCCAAAUGUUUUCUGUAAAAUUGAUAUAUUUUAUUUAAUAACCGCCAUCUCACUAUGAUCGGUUCUUUUUUUGUUUGUUUUUCUUUGUUUCCCACACCGAUCUAUUUCCCCACGACCUCAUUACAGCAGUGAAUCCAUGCCCAGUGAUAAAGUUUUUUCCGUUUUGUUCGAAUGCGUCAUUGAAGCGGAAGUUUCACUUUUCUGUGCACUUUUCUCUCAAAUCUCCAUCAAUAAUUCAUUUCGAUGUACUCCUCGGUUUCUCUCUCCUUUCGCAACGUCAUCACCCGACCGAUUCUCACGUGGUUUUCCGGCUCUGCCCGUCCGCGAGCUGUCAAAACAUUGUCUCUGCGCGUCUGCAUCUCCGCUCUCGUUUCGCGGAAAUGCAUUGAGCGCAUUGCUCUGCAGCCGAAAAAGAACACCCGAGGACUAGGUUUUGCAACAACGAACUCGAAACCCGAUGGCCGAAGUUUCUCUUCGUUUUCCGCGUGCCGACCGCACUCGUUCCGUCGCCGAUCAAUUCGCCCCCGCCGGCCCGCACUCCACUCUUUUCCCUCUCUCUUUCUCUCGCCUCCUCUGUUUCGUACACUCACUGGCCGGUGUGACUACUCGUGAUCGAAAUUUAUGUGUAUACAAUUGGGAGAAAGAUUCUGAUUCGAAGAGAGUUUUGAGUUACGAACUUAUGAUUAUUUUGUCAAAAACGUACAAAUUUGACGUUGAACUACUUGUUGUUCACGAUAUUUUCUUGAAAUUAUGCAAAUCUGGCAAUUUUUGUCGAAAUUUUCGUCGUGCGCUCUAUAUUAAAGCGGUGGCCGUGGUCGAGUUUUCGCCUGAAGCAAAUUAGCUCUUCAAAAAUGCGUUUUGAUCUAAAUUCCGACGAAGAAAGUGCGCCUGAUCAGUCUGUUCGUCUGCGUUUCAGCCAUGAUCAGUUCGGAAAACAUAUUUUAUGGUUUUAUCUGUCCUUUCUUCCUCAAAAGUUUCCCGCGCCUCCUCUUCCUCCCUAUUUUCUCAUAUUACCCAGAGUCUCAAAUUACAGUAUAUAUCUUUUUUUGUGCGCAAAAACGACGAGCAGAGGCCGAUCUUCCCACACAUUUUCUCAUUAUUUUCAUCAUUUUUCUUCGCCCCCGGGAUAAAAGCUGAAAAGCUGCCGAGACUCCUCGUUUCCAUGGCAACUAAUCUCGGCUCAAGAAUCUUUCUUGUUCUCUUCUCGCACUCGCUCUCGUUAUGACGUGGCAUCGCCGCGAUAAGACCGGAAAUCACUCUUUUUGCCAAUUUUUGGAACGCGUGCGCAGGAAACAAAUAGGCGAGAGCGUGUGGCGCCGGAGAGACGGCGAGAAAAAGAGAGGCCCCGGCAGGUUGGGCGCCUCGGCCGACGCUGUAAUAAUUUCCGAUUGACGCUUUCAACGCCGCCCUCCCCCUUUUUACCCUUUUUUGAAGCAGAAAGAAAGACGAAGACGAUUUACAAUUGUCCCCCCCCACCCCUUUCCUAUUUUUAACCUUUUGACAAAGUUGGUCAACCGAAAGUUGUUUCAACAUCCGUUUCGAUUUCACUUCAUCGCCAAACCUUUAUUUUCAGGCACAAAUGGACGAUGAGGACAUGAGUUGCACGUCCGGCGAUGAUUACGGCGGAUACGGAGAUGGUACGGUUUAAUUUAUCUCGAAAAACAUUAGUCUUAAAAUCUACUCAAAAAACAAAAAAAAGUACUUAGUAAAAAGUACUAGCUCCCGUAAAUCGGCGCAAGUUUAAAGGCGCAUAGCUGGCACUUGAAAUUCAAUUCGUUAUAUUCUCCUCCUUCCAGAAGACUAUUACAACGAGGCGGACGUCGAUGCGACCGAUGACGUGGCAGUCGCGCCGACGCAUUCCGAAGAAGCCGACUACGAGUGUCUCUCAGUUCUUCAAGUCGAACGGGUAUUCAACGACGGAGUAAAAGCACUGGUGGCGAGGAUUUCGAUCAGCGAAAAGAUCGGAAGGCUGCUGCUACAGGCGAACAAUUGGGAUGUGGACUACGUGGCGAAGCAGUUUCGAACGGAUCGCCACGAGUUUCUGCGAAAAAGCCACGUGGAUGCGAAAUUGGAAGGCCCUCGGAGGGUGUCUGCGAGUCCGGCGUCCGCACAGACCGGCUACUGCACCGUGUGCGCGAUGGACGGCUACCCCGAACUGCCGCAUCUGAGCUGUGGACACUGCUUCUGCGAGCACUGCUGGAAGAGCCACGUCGAAUCGAGACUGUCGGAAGGCGUCGCCGCACGCAUCGAGUGCAUGGAGUCCGACUGCGAAGUGUACGCGCCGUCCGAGUUUGUGGUCAACAUUCUCGACAAAUCGCCCGUGCCCAAGCUAAAAUACGAGCGAUUUCUGCUGCGAGACAUGGUCAAUUCGCAUCCACAACUCAAGUUUUGCAUCGGAAACGACUGUCAGGUGAUUGUGCGAUCGACGGAAGCGAAGCCGAAGCGGGUCACUUGCCAGCAAUGCCACACUUCGUUUUGGUAAGGAGUAGAGAUGCAGAACAGGAGAUUUUAGGCGCCUGUUCUGCAUCCCUAGUAAGGAGAUUUUGCUCCAAGACUUCAGCAGAAAAGUAGUAAUCAUCGUUUCUUUCAGCGUGAAAUGCGGCGCCGACUACCAUGCUCCGACGUCGUGCGAAACCAUCAAACAGUGGAUGACCAAGUGCGCGGACGACAGCGAAACGGCGAAUUACAUCAGUGCGCACACGAAAGACUGUCCACAGUGCCACAGUUGCAUCGAAAAGGCCGGAGGGUACGAAUUCUCAGAAUUGUCAAAAAUCGGCUUUAUGAAAAAGAGAGAAUCGUCUCUGAAAUCAUGUUUCGGAAUUUGAGUACCGAUACAAACCUGAAGUUCUGUGUUUCAGAUGCAAUCACAUCCAGUGCACCAGAUGCCGACACCACUUUUGUUGGAUGUGCUUCGGAGGUAACACUGUUUUACUUUCCCCUCCCUUCCCUCUAUUCAUCUCUCAUUUUCAGAUUGGAAAAGCCACGGCAGCGAGUACUACGAGUGCAGUCGAUACAAAGAGAAUCCGUCGGUGGCGGCGGAGGCGAACCACGUGAAGGCGCGGCGAGCCCUCGAAAAGUACCUCCACUACUUUGAGCGAUUCGAGAAUCAUUCAAAGUCGCUGAAAAUGGAGGAAGAGCUGCGCGACAAGAUCCGCAAGAAAAUCGACGCGAAGGUGAACGAGCACAACGGCACGUGGAUCGACUGGCAAUAUCUGCACAAAUCGGUUUCGCUGCUCACGAAAUGUCGCUACACUCUCCAGUACACUUAUCCGUUCGCCUACUACCUCCAGGCCGGUCCGCGCAAAAAUUUGGUGAGUAUCUGUCUGAUCGUUCGCUCCACAGGCUUCACUCUUGUACCAAAGAACGAUUAAUUCAAAAGAUCGCCGAAAUCUGAAGAGUUUUCCGUUUCAAAGUGGCCUGAAGACGUUGAAAAGUACUUGAAGACACCUUCGUUUCCAUCGAACAUUUGUUUAUUUACACGCGUACAAAUACACCACCCCUCUGCUUUUCGUCUCCGUGCGCCAAUUCUCCAGAAGACACAAUUGUAUUGUUCGGUGGGAGAAGAAAUAUUGGCGCUCGAUGAGAAAAACCAGUGUGCGUGUGUGUGUGUGUGAUGAGAACUGUCACAUUUGCGCUGUAUGGGGCCAUCCCGAUUCUUCGUGGGUGGUCAUUUCGAAAUUGAAAAAGAUGGAGACGGAGACAGAAACCAGUUUAGAAAAGAAAGCUAGGGUGACGUGUCAGUGCUCUUAACAGAAGGCUCACUUCGGUCCGGCCAGCUUUUUAUUGAAAAAUUGUUCUCUGAAAGUUCUGUCAGAACUAAAAAUGUUUGGAACGAACAUAUUUCGCAACCCUAGUGGCAAUUCUACGAUUUGCAGCCGUUCAACUACUAUCAGGGCAUUUAAAAGUGAAUUCGAUCUGAUAACGUUCUUCCAGAAUUCAAAUAGAACUGAACUUUGUUUCGAAACUGAAAAAACUAGAGAGAUCACAAAAGAAGUUUUUCCCAACAGAGCGCAUUCAUUUUGAAAUGGCCCAAUAGUAACGAAAGCGGUCAAAACGGAGAUAUGCACGAUUUUAGAAAUUUCCAAAAGUAUUCGGUGUGUGUCGUUCGCGUUGCUUUCCUGCUCUAAUCUCCCUUCAUCCGGACACUUCGACGACUUUUUCCUUUCCCUCCUUGUCCAAUUUAAUCGAAGUGUCUUCUUCUUCUUCCUCUCACCUCCCCGUCGUUGGUUUGCGCCGCCAUACACCGGCCACUAAUCCCUUUCACACCGAAAUCCUUCAUCCGGUCGCCUCCACCUUCCCCCUCGUCGAUUUAGCCAGAUUUUGUGGUGGCGCACCGACCGAGCCGGAUUAUCGAAAGAAGUAGGGUCGGAUAAUGACGGAUUGCGGGAUUGUUGGCGUUAUCGAAGUAAGAGAUAGAUUUGAAGGCGAGACGCGAGAGAGUCGGCCUUGAAACUGUGCUUUGAGUUGUCGCUCAUUCGAUAAUGAGACAAAUAUGAAUUAUCGCGCUAAUUCGAUUGUCUGUCUGUCUAGCAGAAUGCAAGAACACAGCCUUUAACUAUUAAGAAAUUGAAAUUUUUUUCAGUUCGAAUACCAACAAGCACAACUGGAAAAAGAGGUCGAGGAGCUCGCGUGGGCGGUCGAGAGAGCCGACGGAACCGCACGCGGAGCCCUGGAAGCGCACAUGCACCGCGCGGAGCACAAACGGCAGACACUGCUCCACGACUUCUUUUUCUAA